AUAUAUACCAGGUCCGAGCCUUAUGAUCCCUAUAUCCCGAACAGCCAGCGCACCGGCCAGGACGCGGCGGCUCCUAACAACAAGAUUUCCCAUGUCCAGGCUCAAGUCGAUGAAGUCACAACCAUUAUGCAAGAGAACAUUGACAAGGCCAUGCAACGAGGUGAACGCAUGGAUGAUCUGCGCGGCAAAACUGAGGAUUUACAAGCAACUGCUGGCCAUUUCCGCCGAGGAGCAAAUCAAGUUCGUAAGCGAAUGUGGUGGAAGGACCUCAAGUGGAAAAUUAUCAUUGCCGUGACCAUUUUGGUUAUUCUUGGCAUUAUCAUU